ACUCCAGAUGAAACUGGCAGGGUUCUGUAUCUCCAACAAGGUUAAGAACCACUGUUCUAGAAUGAUCUAGAGUACUUCCUCUUUGCUUUUGAUGCGGAGAAAGGGGGUGCUGAAGUCGGGAACCUCUUUUAUCCAACCAACAACUGUUGCGCAGCUACAGGAGACAAGGGACACAAACACACAUGCUGCGUUUGAAUUCCUGCGGACGCGAUGUCACCCGCCGCCGUCGGGAGGAAUUCCUGCGCCUGACUUCUUUGGUUCGUCCUCCUGCCGCAGUGGAGCAGCAGAGACGAUGGGAGAUGCGGCGCACCUCGGCGGCGUCAGGCGGACCUUCAUCGUCCCUGCCAUCAGGAGCUUCGAGCACUAUGACUUCACCAGGGCGAAGAUGUCCUCCAGCCUGACGUGGCUGGUGGCCAAGGCUUUUGGCUCGGAUGAAGUGCCAGAUGAGCUGGUAGAACCUUUCUACAGGGACCAGUAUAACCAGGAGCACCUUAAGCCACCGGUGGCCAGCCUACUCCAGUCCGCAGAGCUCUACUGCCGGGCGGGAAGCCUGAUCCUUCGAAGCGAUGCCGUCAAACCUUUACUGGGACACAAUGCCGUCAUCCAGGCUCUGGCUCAGAAAGGUUUAUAUGUCACCGAUCAGGACAGACUCGUCACGGAGAGAGAUCUGACCAGCACGCCUAUACUCAUGACUUCCCAUCUGGCACUGAUAGACACGCUGAUGAUGGCGUACACGGUGGAGAUGAUGAGUGUGGAGCGGGUGAUGUGCUGCAUAAACAGACAUUGUUCCGCCGGACCUUCGCACACCGACGCGCACGUCCAUGAACUGCCUUAUGACACUGAGGAUGCCAUCACCACAUGGCUCAACAAGGUGAAUGAACACCUGAGAGACAUUCUUGUUGAAGAGCAGAAGCUGAGAGACGUUUCCCACCAAGAAGCAAGCACAACGCCCAAAUCUCCCAACAAAUGGUACUGGAGACUUGUACCUGCUCGGUACAGGAAGUCUCAUGUCCAGCAGAGCAGCGCACCUUUGCUCCCCCUGGUGGACAACCUGUUGAAGGACAACACAGACGGCUGCGCUCUGGCGGCUCUGCUGCAUUUCUACUGCCCACAGGCUGUUCGAUUAGAAGAUAUCUGCCUGAAGGAGAUCAUGUCUCUGGCUGACAGUCUGUACAACCUCCAGCUGGUGCAGGAGUUCUGCAGGGCAAACUUGAACCACUGCUGCCACUUCAGCCUGGAGGACAUGCUCUACGCGCAUUCAUCCAUAAAGAGUAACUACCUGGUGUUUCUGGCUGAGCUUUUCUGGUGGUUCGAAGUGGUCAAACCCUCCUUUGUGCAACCCAGAGUCUUUGACCCAAAUGCCUGUGAACCUGUAACAUCCCGUAGAAAUACGGCUCCUGUGUCCAAGCAGAACAAUGUGGACAGACCUGAUAGCCCAGAGGACAUCUGUGAUGAAGUUGUAAUGAAGAGAUCUACCUCCAUGUCCUUUGUGGAUGGUUGUGUUGGGACUUGGCCACAGGAGAGACGCUCUUCCACACGUGGAAUCUCCUUUGAGAUUCCUCUGGAUGGAGAUGCCACAUUGCCGUCCUGUAAAGCGCCCUCCCUGAGUGGUAUGACCCGCUCCGCCAGCAGCGACGGCCUGGGGUUCAAAGUUCACUAUGCACCUCGAGGUGGCAUGAAGCGCCACGUGUCCCUCAUGCCUCACGUGAAUGGACAGAGUGGACACAUCGCAGAGGAUGAGGAAGACUUCACCCCCCACAAACCGCUGGGCAGGAACAACACAUUCUCGAUCAAGAACCAAAGCAGGCAUCCCAAUGGAGUACUCCCCGACACCAAUCAUCGUGGUAACCACAGCGGCCACAUCAGCCCCUCGACCCCUCCGAGCAUCGAGGAGGCGCUAAAGAUUAUCCACGACACAGAACGGCCCCACGCCAGCCUGGGCUUGGGAGAUCAAGACAAUGGCUUCUUUCUCCAUGGUGCUCAACCUUCAGGGCCUCCGGGGGCCACGGGUCCAGGAGACGACCCGGGUGCAGCUAAGGCCCGGUUCAUUGACCAUGACCCUAAUUCGCUCUCCACUGACGACACAGGCAUUCAUGUGAGGACAGAGGAAAUCCAAAGCUUGGAUGAAGACUCCUCUCUGAGAGACUAUUCAGAUAUCGACCCAGACUGUGAGACCAUGACACGCUCGUGUCCCCUGCCUGAGAGAGAGAGGAAUUGGGAAGGACGGUGCAAAGGUGUUGGUGAGUCAAACCCCGGAUUUAGCAGUGGCAGAGACGAUGGAGAAGACAGGAGUUCAGCACCCACCCUGCCCAGAUCUCACACUGUGAGUCCCGCCUCAUCCUACGGUGGUUCGGGAGGCGGCAUGGUGCGCAUGACGAGCUUCGCCGAGCAGAAAUUCAGAAAACUGGAGGGAAGGAGCAGUGGAGGAACGACACCGGAGAGUUCAGAUGUCAACACACCGUAUAGAAACCCAGCAAGGAACAGUUGCUCACAGAUUGGUACACCCCCUUUGCCAAUCACAUCACCUUCUCCAGUCACACCUUCUCCCCGAGACCCCUCCCAACUGAUAGCCUCAGAGAUGAUCCAGCUGAGGAUGAAGCUGGAGGAGAAGCGCAGAGCCAUUGAAGCCCAAAAGAAGAAGGUGGAGGAAGCAUUUACACGGCAUCGUCAGAAGAUGGGUAGAACAGCCUUUCUGAAUGUAGUGCGAAGAAAAGGCGUAACCAGCCCACUCAGUCCCAAUUCGAGCGGAGGUCUAACGCCUUCGCCAAAGACAUUAACCAGCCAUGGCAGCAUGGAGAGGGCAGAGCGAUGCAAGCCUGAUGGUGCGGCUCCCAAAUCUUCCUGUGAAGAUGGAGGAGGUUUAACGCCAGGGGAAACUGACCUUGCAGAUUACACUCGCUCCAUCGAGAGGCUGAACACAUCACUGGGGUUCCUCCAAACAGAGAUGCAGCGACUGGCUCAGCAGCAGGAGAGGAUCAUGUCCAUGAAAGAACAACAGCAAAAAGCUUGGGUCAUUCCUCCCCCUGCGCCAUCACCACACAGGCAGCUCCGUGAGUUGCGUAGCAGCAGUGUCACAGGCCGAGGAUCAACCAGAGGGUCGGUGGGUUCCUUGUCCCCCAUUUUGUCCUCGUCUGGCUCUGCCAAUUCCGUCAGUCGUCCCGCCGCUGGCCUUAAGCGACGGCCGGCCUCCUUCCACGCCAGGACACCUCGGAUUCCGCGGCCGAAUGAUCUGAAGAUCUCGCCCAUCAACCGAAUGCUCAACACCCCCACCUCGGUAGACAGCUUACCGAGACUGAGGCGGUUCACGUCGAGCCAAACUCAUACCAGCGCGUUUGCAUACUUGAGUUACGACGAAGGAUCCUGGAAUAGCAAGAGCCCGAAGACCAAAGAGAGCAAAGAAAACACUAAGGACAAAGAAGAGAUGGUGGAGAAGAAGAGUGCAGGCACUCCUCAGCCUCCCGCAGCCAAAGAGAAGGAAGAAGGAUCAGAAGGUCCCGAGGAAACUCCGCUAAGGAAUGAACAGUCAAGGACUUCAGAGGUCUUGUGUCAGCCGAUGUCUGAGGUCCAAGGCAACAAAAUCCUUCAGGACAAGAGAGAACUUGUGGAGGUUACGCUGUCUGGAAUCUGGCCUGCAGAGAGCCAAGCUGAGGAGACAACUGGAGAAACCGGAGAAGACCAGAAGAUGUGCUGUGGAUUUUUCUUCAAGGAUGAUGCAAAAGGUGAAGAGGACAUGGCGGCAAAGAAAGCAGCUCUGCUGGAGAAGAGGCUAAGGAGGGAGAAGGAGGUGCAGAAGAAAAAACAACAGCAGGAGGUGGACCAGGAGCAGAAGAAGGAAGCUGCACGGUUGAAAGCGGAGGAAGAACAGCAGAAGCGGGAUGAGGAAAAGGAAAGGAGAGAUUACAUCAAGAAUGAGUAUUUGAGGAGGAAGCAGCUGAAGCUGAUGGAGGACAUGGAUCAGGUCAUCAAGCCCAGAUGUGGAAGUUUCAAGAAGAAGCCUCGCCCCAAGUCCAUCCACAGGGAUGGCAUGGAGUCCUCCAGUCCCAUUGUGAGAGCGGCAGGGGUGCGUCCUCGAGGCUACUCGGUGUCGAGCAUUUCUUUGGCCUCUCUGAAUCUGACUGAUAAUGAGAGCAACCAUCCAGAUAACAAGAAGAACUUCCGGCCAGACUCUGCUGAGGGUCUCUCCUCAUGCCCCUCUGCUGGUAGUCGUAAUGGAGAGAAAGAUUGGGAAAACGAUUCAACCACUUCCUCGACUCCGUCCAACACUGAGUACACAGGACCCAAACUAUACAAGGAGCCAAGUGCUAAGUCCAACAAGCACAUCAUCCAGAAUGCCCUGGCCCACUGCUGCCUGGCUGGAAAGGUCAACGAAGGGCAGAAAAACAAGAUCAUCGAUGAAAUUGAGAAAUCCCAAGCUAACAACUUCCUUGUGUUGUUCCGUGAUGCCGGUUGCCAGUUCCGGUCGGUGUACGCUUACUGUCCCGAGACAGAGGAGAUCACACGGCUGACCGGCAUCGGGCCGAAGACCAUCACCGCAAAGAUGAUCGAACGCCUUUAUAAAUACAACUCGGACAGGAAGCAAUUCAGCCAGAUCCCGGCCAAAACCAUGUCAGCCAGUGUAGAUGCCAUCACCAUUGCCAGUCAUCUAUGGCAUAACAAAAAGCAGGGCACGCCCAAAAAGAUGCACUUGAAGUAGCACCAUAGGGCAAUGUUCUCUGGAAUAUGGAAAGCUUUUUGAAGCAUUUAUUAGAUCUACUUGAUAUCCAGCUUAAGAUCCAUGUACUAGUACGCUCUUUGUCCUCUUGAGUAAAACAACUUAUUAGACUAGGAGAAUAACUGUGUCUAACUAGUAAUAUUUUUUUACACUAGAGUGAAUUAGCCCAUUCACGGAUUUUUUGCCGAGGCCAAAGCCAUGUCUACGCUAAAAAUAUUGCUUUGGCACAAUCUUGUGACAUCUUGGGGCCAAGGAACUAUAUAAGUGAGAUGAGCUUCAUUUAGUCAGGCUGUUACCUUGUCUAAUUGAAAAAGGUGCUUUGCUGACAACUUGUGGCAUCAAUAGGUAAUUACAAACUUUAUGGGUGGGUGUCAAUUACCCAUGGAUACUGCCUUCCAUCACUAUGUAACAUUUCUGCACAAUAGUAGGGCAACUUUGGCAUGCUAGUAGGAAAACUGCAUGUUACCAGGUAGGCAAGACUGUGCACUAGUUGACAUCUGUGUGCACGAGUACUGAUCAUGAAGCUCAAGCUAACUAGUAGAAUUUUUAAAUGUCUGGUAGUACUAGUAGGACACAAUUGUCAACUAUUGUGCAGUUUUGCCUCACUAGUAACAUUUAGUUGUCCAACUAGAAUACUAAAGUUGUCCUACUAGUGAGUAUAAAAAGUAUACUAGCACAUUGAUGUUAAGUUGCAUAUCAAGGAUACGGCAUAGCAUUUAUUAUUUAUAUUAUUAUGUAUUGUCCAAGUCAAUUCAGCGCACUAGGAGAGUGAGUAGGGCGCAGCUGUAGAACAACUGUGUCUGACUAGUAACGUUUUUCCCACUACUGCUUUCCACUAGGCCUAGUAGUGUUACUAGUGCAGCACAUUAGUUUAGUAGUAAGGUUUAAUUUCUUACUUGUAGGCAAAAGUGGUACUAGGACUGGGAAAAAAUUUUGCUAGUAAGACACUCUCGUUCUACUAGUGUGCUAAAAUGUCUUACUAGUGAGGACUCAAAGCGGAUUACUGUAUGGACCUUAAACUGGAGAUCAAGGAUAUGGAUUCAAGCCGCUUUACUAAAAACAAUUUGGAUUCUAAGAUCACAACUGGAGUGUGGAAGAAGUUUCACAGAUAUGGACUAAAAUGGACACCAUGUUUCCUGACGUGCCAAAACAAGACGAUAAUAGGCAAUCGAUGCCGAGACGAACCUCUGUAGUGAAUGUCCCGCCUCUCAAAGAGGAAGCGAGGUUUCUAUAAGUUGAUCAUGUGCGGCCUUAUGCUUGUUUUGUGUCACCGAGAUGUGUUGUGGUUUGAUCGUGUUGUUUUUUUGGGGUUUUUUUGUAAGCGCCUUUUUGGGUUCAGAUUGGCAAAGGGCCCUCUGUCUGAUCAGGGAUCAGACUGAAGCAGCCUGUACAAAUGUUGCUGUACAAGCAUGUUUUUUGUGUGUAUUUCAAGUGCCAAGAGAAGUGUUUGCCAUUUCCAGUGAUCAUAUUGAGUAUCAUCAAACCUUCCUGGAAUGCACUGGUAAAAGACUCAUUUAUUUAUUUCUAUUGUUAUAAUGCGUCUAACAUAUUUUCAAGGCAAUUUUAUCCAGAGCGACAUAAUAUACUUAAUGUCUUGAAUUUAUUUGUAUAUAAUUGGAAGUGAACUUCUAGCAGCCUUUGAGUAGCUUUUCUAAUUUAUCAUCAAUAUCCAUCCUUCCCACGUGUUCAUUUAGGACCUUUUAUUAUGUCGCUAUUUUUUUUUUUUUUAAUUCCUGUUUUUGCUUUUAUUUUAUAAUCCAAAAAAGUGUGAUCCUCAACAAUAUCACUGAUUGACAGAAAUCCCUUAUUGUGCAGUGGAAACAUACAAUCACAGUGUUCUUGUCUUAUAUCUCAACUAUUCACAAUUGUAAAUAAAUGUUUUUAAAUGGUUUUCAUGACA